CUGAAAAAGAUCCGCUUCCCUCAGUAGCCUAAAACUGUUGCGUCUACCCGAAUAAUAAACUAAGUAUCAGUUUCUUUAUAUCGAUCAACUUUGAUUUGAGUUUUUAACAUAAGAGUGGAGUGUUCACUGAGAACAUGAGCAGUAACUGAUUGGAGCUCAAGACCCAUUUCUGCAAUUGAUUAACAUUUAAGAUAUGUUGGAAUUUCCACACAACGAAUUUUGCCUCCACUACUCCUCACAGCUGUAUGAAGACGCUCGGCCCGGUGAAGCAUUGAUCUCAUGCUCUGUAAUCUCUUUAUCUGUGCUGCUCAACCUGCGUCAGGGGGACAGACAGCUAAUCUCUAUGGGAACAUUGGGUAACACCGUUGCAUAACAUUUCAUCUCCACAAAAGCGAAGAGAUCAACCUUUUAGCUGCAAAACACAACCAUGUCUCUCACAGAGGUGUGCUUUGCUAAACCUGCAAACCAAAGCAUUCCGGUUAUACUGUACAUACUUUGGCUACAAAUACAUGUGCACAUUUGUCAUCAGUUGCUUCCUUUUGGCUUCUUUUUUGCCGCCCUGAACCGAUGUUGGCCAUUUUAAUGGAUUGGCACGGACCCAAAUUAAAACAGGAUUAGAGUUCAUGACACCACCUCAAUGCGUCAUCAGUGGAGGAGGAUAGGGUGAAGAUAGGAAGAAGGUGAGCUCUCACAGUAGGAGUGUUUUCCCUGUCCUUUGACUGUCCUUUGACUUACCUGAUGUCUCAAACAGACACGCCCCCCUCCCCUCCUGUGUUCUUGGCCAUCAGUGUGCAGUUAGUCUGUUCGAGAGGACAGAGAUGGAGACUAUGACGGCACCGUUUUGCUCAGUGUAUUCAACGAUUUUGCACAAACUGUCAGACUUCAGCAUAUGACCUUAUCUUCAGUCCGCUGCAGAAAUGCCUGGAAGUCAGUACAAGAUGACAGUCACCAAGCGCCACCACAGCCUCUACAGCCUGACGGACAGCUCCAGCGCCGGCGCCGGCCUAGAGGACGAGGAGGCCGACGGCCCGCCGCGCCUCACCCCCCUGCAGAAGCUCACCGCCGACAUGUGCAAGGACGACAAGACCAUCAAGGACCUGAUGAUUGGCCGCAGGGUGGGCUUCUACAAGGUCCGCGGGGAGAUCGGCUCUGGGACCUUCUCCCGGGUCAAACUGGCUUUCCACGCUCUGACUAAAGACAAAGUGGCACUGAAGAUCCUGGAUAAGACGCGGCUGGACAGUCAGUCCCAGCGUCUGCUCUCCAAGGAGAUCAGCAGCAUGGAGUGCCUGCAGCACCCCAACGUGGUGUGUCUGUACGAGGUGGUGGAGACGCCGAGUCGCCUUUACCUGGUGCUGGAGUACGCGGGCGGAGGGGACCUCUUCAACCAGAUAUUCACCCAGGGAAAACUGUCCGACAACGCCAGCAAGGUCACCUUCGCCCAGAUCCUUUCUGCCAUCAAAUAUUUGCACAACAACAGCAUCAUUCACCGGGACCUGAAGGCCGAGAACGUUCUGAUCAGCUGCAGCGGCUGCGUGAAGGUGGCCGACUUUGGAUUCAGCACGCGGCUCUCGAACUGCAACGACACCCUCGACACCUUCUGUGGCUCGCCGCCCUACGCCGCCCCAGAGCUCUUCAGGGACGAGUGCUACCUGGGGCCCCCGGUGGACGUGUGGGCCAUGGGGGUGCUGCUUUUCUUCAUGGUGACCGGAACUAUGCCGUUCCGCGCCGAGACCAUGGGCAAGCUGCGGCGCUGCAUCCUGGAGUGCGCCUACACUGUCCCUCCCUGGGUCCCCGGCCCCUGCCAGAGGCUCAUCAAGGGAAUCUUGAAGGCGGUCCCCGCUGAGCGCUACGCCGUCGACCAGAUGCUGGGCUGCGAUUGGCUCCUCCCCGUGGAGUUUCCCUGGUCGCUGGUGCCGCCCGAGCCGGCGAGCCCUCAGCAGAGCCUGCUGGACUCGGAGCGCGAGGACCUGGAGGAGGAGGUCCGGAGCUCGCUGGAGGAGCUCGGCUUCAGCGCGGCGCACCGGUGGAACGACGUGCCCAAAGGAAGCCGCAGCCCUGUCACCGGCGUUUAUCGGAUCCUGCUGCGCCGAGCCCAGAGGAGGAGGGGCAGCGACAGUCCCCCCGUGGUCCGGGGGAUGGUGAGGGACCCCAGGAGGGAGGGGCUCCGGGCCUACAGGGGCCUCAGACACACCUCCAAGUUUUGUGUGCUUUCAUGAAAGAGUGGUAGAGACGCUUCAGCACAGUUUUUAUACAGACUUUUUUUUUUUAUACAAACAUGAUAUUAGUGGCAAUAGGGAUUUUUUAUUUUACAUUUUUUAUUUUUUACAGGAAAGUAGUUUUAACUGAAACAUAUAUUUUUUACAAGUUUGUAGCAUUUCAUAAAUGUGUUUGACUUCCUUCAAUGCAACUUUUUGGGAUAACCUAAGGUAUACAGGUAUGUACUCUAUGUUAAAGUGCCUGAUGAAAUUAAACAAAAGUAAAAGUUGUGAAAGAA